ACGUCCGAAGAAGCAGAGCUCUUGGGAACUGUGUCGGACUGCAAGGCAAUCCCAUCACAGCUCAUAUUGACAAGAUAAUUUCUACCUUCAAACUAUUUCCGUUGAUUUGUACUCAACUGAACUUCAUGACGUCAGAGAUGAGGUUUUCGAUGAUGUUUUUACCAAUCAUAGUCACCUUGGCUUUUUUAAACAUGGUCACAAGCACGAAAAGUCCAGGAGCUGACCCACGAUCAACCAUCACUCGAUCCAUACGGGAUGCUUCCAAAAGAAUAAGUAUCAAGAGAGCCGGAGCUAGCAGGGGUCUGAGAGAAUGCCGUGAGCAAUUUAAGUUCGAAGUCUGGGAUUGCAGUUUUUAUAAAGAAAGCGUGACUGGAGCAUUACCUGAUUUUAUGCGAACAACGUUGUCUUAUGCCAAUAGAGAGACAGCGUAUUUACACGCAAUAACAACCGCCGGCAUCGUACAAGAAAUCGUGUCUCAGUGCGCUGCAAACAAAAUUACCGAAUGUAGCUGUGACAAAAAAUCAGGGCAGUCUCGUGGAUGCAGGAACUACCUGAAGUUUGCCGAGAAGGAGACGAGAAGGCUGUUAGUAACUCUACCACAAGGGAGCUUCGAACGAAGCGGAAUUGACAUUAAUAAUCAAAUGGUGGGAAUAGAGGUUUUUAAGAGGAAUUGUGGUGGCAGUUUGCCUAAAAAUUGUAACAACUGGCAGAGAGUUGCAAACGAACUGAAAAGUAAAUAUCAAUCCACCAUAAACGAGACGCAGCAGACCAAUAUCAACUCCACUUCCCAAAGUAACUUACGACUGACCUAUCAGGAUCCGUCGCCUGAUUACUGUGUACGUAAUUUGACCGUUGGCUCUCCUGGCUUGGAAGGACGGGUCUGCGGAAAUAGUGGCACAAUAACAAGCCAAUGCAGAUCCCUUUGUGAGCAAUGUGGCUUGACACUCCUGAGAGAGGACCGAAGUCCAAGAAACUGCAAAGAUUGUCCAGAAAUAACAUCAGUGACGGUCUGCAGGAAGAAGAAAAUAGUCACCGGCAAGCGAUCAGUAGAGCAAAGCCCGGUGCAAAUGAUCGGACUGAGAAAGCAUUUCCUCUCAUUAGGAACAGAUGUCUAAGCUGCCGGGGCAAUUUCUUGAGGAAAGACGCUUUGAGUGUGCUAGAACAGUCAAUUCUUAUCUUCAGCCCCGUGCUUGCAUCGCUUGUAGGUUUAACUGACACAGUAAUCCCACAUUUGUGGUAUAUGCUUUAUUUCUUUAUCUAUCUUACCAAAUAGUGAACUUUCCAGUGCAAAGAAACGCUUUGGUCGACCGCUUUCCGAGAGGAAAGGGCAUGUAGUUCAGUCUUAAAACGAGAUUUUCGAUAAGUGUGAUUUACUUGUAUGACUUCGGAGCACUGGGAAUAGCUCAAACUUUUUUAACAAGCUGCAGUGUUUGUAUUUAGAAUUUUAAUAGAAAAUAUUCUACUCUGUUCCUUACAGCUCUAUGGAGAAUCCUUAAUCUCUUAUAGUUCUAUAUUACACCUUACAGUUUUAGACAGGCAUAGCAAAAAAUCUGAUAAAGAAGAUCUUUGUGAUUAGUCGCAUAUGUAUACACAUAUAUACAUAUGUAUAUUUGUAGUCGAAUCCAGAAACGAGCAUCGUAAUAAUGAAUUUCAUAGAGCUCUAGUUACUGAAAGUCUUCCUCCAUACACCUUAAUGUAGUUCAACUGAAAAUUCAGUUUUGAUAAAACCUAACAGUUAAUGACCAGGCACAUCUAACUGAUAUGUGUUAGUCUUGUUUUCAUACCGUUUCCUCAGGAAUAAAACCUAC